GGUAUUAGUGUGGCAUUAAAAAACGAAGAAGUUGCCCCCCGAAUCUGCGGUUCACCCACUGAAAAUACGAAGAAAAUGGGAGGAAAGAUGAAACGACAAUUCUACAGUAUCAGAGCGUGUAAUUUUGGAUUGAUAAACCCUCGAGGGAGUGAAAAGGACAGCAAAGGGGAGUUCCAAGGUCAACUGACAAUGCCUCUGGAUUUAAACCAGCGUUAUCGUUUGUGCUGAGUGACGGAGAGAGAGAGAAAAAUUGUAGAAAGUGACGGUGGGAUUGAUAAUAAUCUCGGAAGACAGUUAAUCAUGUCACAGAGACUGAUGAUACCGAACGAGGAUUCGUACCUGAAGUCAGGACGACCGUCGAAUCUCUUCAAAACGAGUUUCUCGUGUCCCCAGUUGGAGCGAUUGUAUCGCUCCUCGUCUUUGCAGCAGAAGCGCGGGGGUCUUCACUGUUUUAUAGUGUACGCAAUUCUGUAUGAUAUUUACAUGCUGCUGUCACCGGAGCCGGAGCUGCAGGCGCGGGGAGUUGUUGCGGUGUUUCUUGGGUUGAAUCUUGGACUAUUGGCCCUUGCGGAGAGGGGCACGAGGGGCAGGGAUACACUCUGGUCCACUCUGCCACACAUGGCGUGGCACCUGACACUCGCGCAAUUGCUGGCACAACUUUUUUUGAAGGCCGAUGUGACACCCAGGGAUAGUCUGGGGUGGCUUUUACUCAUGGUUUAUCUACUGUUUGCUACGCUACCGCUGAGGCUACUGCUUUGCGCGUUACUUGCCCUUGGGACUGUCACUACUUAUGUCGUGGCGGUGGUCGGACUUGGGAAGAAUCCGUUUCAGCCGCCGAUCGAAGUCCUGGCGAUAACAGGAUCCCUAUCGCUGGCAGCAGCAGUCCUGGGUGCUUCGAGUUACUCCCUAGCGGAGUACCAGCAGCGUCGCGCCUUCCUGGAGACCCGUCAAUGUCUCCAAGCGCAGCUAGUAAUCGAGGAGCAAUCAGCGGAGCAGGAGCGCCUGCUCCUGAGUGUUCUCCCCGAGCACGUGGCAGUGAAAAUGCGCCAGGACCUGGGCGCCUCGAUGGACACCCAAUUCAAAAAGAUCUACAUGUCGAGACACGAGAACGUCUCCAUCCUCUACGCUGAUAUCGUCGGUUUCACCGCCAUCUCAUCAACCUACAGCGCCAGCGAGCUCGUCAAGAUUCUAAACGAGCUUUUUGCACGCUUCGAUCGACUCAGCGAAUGGUACGAGCAAUUGCGGAUAAAAAUCCUGGGUGAUUGCUACUACUGCGUGAGUGGAGCACCCGUCGAGCGUCCGGAUCAUGCGAUUCUCUGUGUCCACAUGGGAUUAUCAAUGGUGGAAGCUAUAAAGUACGUACAGGCCAAGACUCAGAGCCCGGUGGAUAUGAGAGUCGGUAUACACACUGGUGCCGUUCUGGCUGGUGUCCUUGGACAGAGGCAGUGGCAGUUUGACGUUUACAGUAAGGAUGUGGUGUUGGCGAAUAAAAUGGAGAGCAGUGGAAUGGCGGGGCGUGUCCACAUUUCCAACACGACGAUGAGUUUUUUAAACGGAGAAUUCGAAGUGGAGCCGGCGUACGGGGAGAGAAGAGAGGAGGCCCUGGCAAAAGCUGGCCUCAUCACCUACUUCAUCGUGAGGGCACUGAAGCCCUUCCAACCAGCAACGGGAAAGAGCGUGGCGCCCCUGGCCGGCACCGAAUCAUCACAGACGAUGAUGGAUCAUCCCGACGAGGGGAACGCCAAAGAGGACUCUAAGGACUUCCGGGAGAGGCUCAGAAAAGAGCUUGACAGUCGAGUGGGGGGUGCGGAAUUGAGGGGUCAGGCGUCGUGGCUGACACUCAGCUUCAAGGACCCCAAUGUCGAGGAUGCCUUUCACAGCAGUGGAGAAGCAUUCUCACCACUUUCAUUAUUGGGUGGGCCUUUGGUGAUGAUAUGCGCUGCACCAGUUUGGAGGGUUCAGCCCUCGGGUAAAUUCACCUUUGGUGGUAUCGGCAUGGUCACUCUCUUUGGGAUUGUAUUAGCCGGGGCUACGUGUUUAGGGAGUGCUGUGCGUGCUCGAUGGCUCAGGCGGACUCUCGCUCUACUUAUGAUUUUUUCCCUCAGUAUUUUUAUUAUCCUCGACAUGGGUAAUUGUGCUGUAAUAGACGAGGCGGAUCCACCCAGCAACGCCUCCAUAAAAUCAUCCCGCUGUCCAUACCCCUCGUACUACUCGUACGUGGGUGUUUUAGCGCUGAUUGUAAUUUCAAUGCCGGCGUACAUAAGUUACCUGGGUAAAUCCGUGCUCAUGUUCAUGCUGGCGGGUACCCAGUGUUCAGUCAAUAUUCUCAUACUCGGGGCUAGUUUGGACCGCGAAGACAUGGCUUCGUACUCCUCUGACCCAGUGCCUCUGCCCCUCAAGUACUCACUCUCGGCUACGUUACUCACUGUCGCAGUUACACUCGUCAUUGUCGCCAGAUACACGGAGAAAUCGAGGCGAAUUCUGUUUCUGCGUGGACGUGAGGUGGUGGCGCAACGCGAGAGGGCGGCGGAUAUGAAGAGGCGUAACGGCGCCUUGAUUUAUAACAUUCUACCGCCCCACGUCGCUAUGUACUAUCUGUCGAACACUAGACACCAUGAUGACCUGUACAGCCAGAGCUACUCCGAGGUCGGUGUACUCUUCGCCAGUAUGCCCACUUUUGCGGAUUUUUAUAGCGAGGAGAGUAUCAAUAAUCAGGGACUCGAGUGUCUGAGGUUUCUCAAUGAAGUCAUCUCCGAUUUCGAUGCUAUCCUCGAUCAGAGCAAGUUCAAGUGCAUCACGAAGAUCAAGACGAUAGGCUCGACCUACAUGGCGGCCUCGGGAAUUACCGAGGACGCAGAGCUCGAGGAUGGCCCCAGGUGGAGCCAUCUCUCCGCUCUAGUUGAGUUCGCCCUGGAGCUCAAGAAAGCCCUAUCGAGUAUCAAUGAACAGAGCUUCAAUCAUUUCGUCCUAAAGAUGGGGAUCAAUCACGGCCCAGUUACUGCUGGAGUCAUUGGAGCGAGAAAACCUCAUUACGACAUCUGGGGGAAUACUGUUAAUGUCGCCUCUAGGAUGGAGAGUACUGGAAAAGUUGGACAUUUGCAGGUGACCGAUGAGACGAGAAAAAUCCUCGAGCCCUUUGGCUACGGUUUUGAGCAACGUGGCAUGGUGUUCGUGAAGGGAAAAGGUCAACUCCUCACUCAUUAUCUGAUCACAAAAAAUGGCGCCUACUUGAAUCUGGACAGUGACAUUCCCAAGGAACCCACGCAUCAGAUCAUUUAUCAGUAGAGAAAAUUGAGAGUAAAAAAUCUGGAAAUUGAAAAUUAUGUUUCUCCACUGUCCUUGAGGACAUUUACGUCAUGACAACGUAAUGUUACAUUUGAGAAUGUUAAUGCUGGAGAAAUCACGAGAUCGUAAUUUCGUCUCUAACUGAAAUAUCAAUUCAAGAAAAAAAACUUCGAAUUCACGUUCGAUUGUCAUUUUCUUGUUAACGGGCUUUCAAACAAAACUAAUAGAGUAAUUAUUAAUUAGGGAUUAUUUCGUCGUGGAGUAUACCAAAUUUCUUGUGUUCCAACUUCUAUUCAAUUCGUCGAUUAAGGGAAUUACCAGGGGAUUGAGUAGGUUGUAAAGUGAUUCACAAUCGGAGCUAUGAUAGAAUAAAAUGGAAAUUUGUUAUUGUUUUGUGGAUAUCUCGGAAAUUAAUUAGAAAA